AUGCCCAAAGUCCACCUCCUCGAUUACGUCGCCGGCAACGUGCGCAGCCUUGUCAAUGCCAUCGAGAAGGUUGGCUACGAGGUAGAAUGGAUCCGGUCACCGGAGGACGUCAAAACUGCUGAAAAACUCAUUCUCCCCGGUGUUGGUCACUUCGGUCACUGCCUCUCCCAGCUUUCCGCCGCCGGCUACCUCCCCGCCCUCCGCGCCCACGCCGACGCCGGGAAACCGUUCAUGGGCAUCUGCGUCGGCCUGCAAGCUCUCUUCUCCGCCUCCGCCGAGGACCCCGGCUGCCCCGGUCUCGAUAUUGUCCCGGGGGCACUGGAAAGAUUUGACGACUCGGCGAAGGCAGUCCCACACAUUGGGUGGAACAAUGCGUCGUGUCCCACGAACCCCACGCUCUAUGGUCUGCGCCCCGACUCCAAGUACUACUACGUCCACUCGUAUAAGUUCCCGUACAAGAAGGGUGAGCUAGAGGCUCUUGGUUGGGCGGUUGCUACUGGUACAUAUGGUAACGAAACGUUCGUCGGGGCCGUGGCCAAGGGAAACGUGUUCGCGACGCAGUUCCACCCCGAAAAGAGUGGCGUCGCGGGGCUGAGGGUCCUCCGUGCCUUCUUGGAUGGGUCAGGCGCGAAGGCUCUCUCAGACAGCCCGCCUACCGGAGUUGAUGGUGAUGUGGGCGCGAUGAUCGCGAACGAGGGGUUGACUCGGCGUGUGAUUGCCUGCUUGGAUGUGCGGACGAACGAUCAUGGUGAUUUGGUGGUGACCAAGGGGGACCAAUACGAUGUGCGGGAAAAGUCCGACGACCGGUCGGUACGGAACCUGGGCAAGCCCGUGGAGAUGGCGAAGAAGUACUAUGAACAGGGGGCAGAUGAGGUCACUUUCCUGAACAUCACAUCCUUCCGGGAUUGCCCCGUUGCCGACCUACCGAUGUUAGAGAUUCUACGGAGGACAUCAAAAACGGUGUUUGUGCCCCUGACGAUCGGCGGUGGCAUCCGGGAUACUGUGGAUGUGGAUGGGACGAAAGUGUCAGCUCUAGAGAUUGCAACCAUGUACUUCAAGAGCGGAGCCGACAAGGUGUCGAUCGGGAGCGACGCCGUAAUCGCCGCCGAGGAGUACUAUCGGGGCGGCAAGGCCUUGUACGGCAACACCGCCAUCGAGCAAAUCAGCAAAGCCUAUGGCAAUCAAGCGGUCGUCGUGAGCGUGGAUCCAAAGAGGGUGUAUCUCCCCAAGCAGGAUGCUACACGCCAUGCCACGGUAAAGACGAAGACGCUUGGGCCAAAGGGAGAGGAAUACUGCUGGUACGCGUGCACGAUAAAGGGUGGACGAGAGACAAGGGAUCUCGAUGUCGUGGAGCUUACCCAAGCCGUCGAGGCUAUGGGUGCAGGGGAAAUUCUUCUUAACUGCAUCGACAAAGAUGGCACGAACAGUGGGUUUGACUUGGAGCUUAUCACACAAGUUAAGGAGGCCAUCAGGAUACCGGUCAUUGCCAGCAGCGGAGCGGGCAACCCAGGCCACUUUCUUGAAGUGUUCCAGGAGACCACCACUGACGCUGCAUUGGGUGCCGGAAUGUUCCACCGGGGAGAGUACACUGUGCAGCAAGUAAAGGACCACCUCGGUGAGAAAGGACUGGCGGUGAGGAAAUUCGAGGGCGGGCUGUGA